ACUCUCUUCUGAUAUUUUAUUUACUCCCGAAACCCAAGAUGGCUCCUGUGAAUGCCUCGGUCCCAUAGCAGAUUGAGGAUGCGAGUAGCUGCGGAAAAAACAACUUUUCCCCGACCGUCGCAUCCCAGGGAGUUCGUUUCGUAUGGUGCGGGGGAGGCCCUAACGUCCGCCUAGGCAUCGAGCAGCCGUCGGAGCUUCGCGGAACCUUCUUCAACCCACCAAUUUGGAGUAGUUUCGCGAAGUAGCUCGUCUCCUCGCUGUCGCUGUCUGUCCGGAGCGAGGUUCAGGCAGGCAGGCAGCUCGUCAAAUGGCCGAACCGAGAAAAGUGCAAUUUGUCACCCUCUCGGCCUUCGCAGCUGGAGCCGCCGCGGAGUCUCGGAAACGCCGGCUGGAGGAUGAGGCCGAAAUCAACUUCGGCAGAGCCGGGGAGGUCGACGCGACGACCGGGGCAGGAGGUGCCGCCAGCAACGGUCGCCUCGGCAAAAGCAACGACAGGGACGAGGCUGGAGCCGAGAAGCGGGCGACGGUGCGGCUCAACCUGCCGCUGUCCGAGCCCGACGACCGCUCCUCCGCCGAGUUUAAUUACGGGGAACUCAUCCAAAGCCUGCAGGUUAAGAAUAAUGCGUCUGCGCCCCGCAAUCCCGACGAGCCCUUCAACGACGAGGAGAGAGAGAGGCUUCAGGUCGAGGCUCUGGCAAAAAAGUUUGAAAAUAAAUAUGGUAAUACAGGAAAGAAGAAGAGAAAAGACAGAAUGCAAGAUUUGAUUGAUAUAGGCUUUGGCUACGACGAGACAGACCCCUUUAUAGACAAUUCAGAAGCUUAUGAUGAGCUGGUGCCUGCCUCUCUGACCACAAAGCUGGGGGGAUUUUACAUCAACACUGGCACGCUGCAGUUCAGAGCAGCUUCUGACUCCGAGGGAGAGGAAGACAAGAAGCUGAAUGACAACAGGGAGCAGGUGAUUAAGAGGAGGAAAAAGAAGGAAGUGAACAGUGUGGAGGAAAAAAACCCGAAGAAGAAGAAAGUACCUAAACAAGGAGUGAUUACUCUGAACCUCCACCGACCGGAGAAAAAGAAGAGGAAGAAGCUGAUGAAGGACUCGCUGUACCUGGCUGCCAUGCUCCGCCGCUUCACCCGGGAGAAGGACGAGAUCAAGAAAAGAAACCCUAACAUGGCUCAACACGGCCUGGCUGCAGGCGUGACCACCAAGCCCCACCCUGCCAACUCCACGAACCACCUGUUGGCCUCCAACGCGCCCCACCCACAAUGCAACGCGUCCAGCAACGACCUCUCGCUGGCGGACCUCACAUCCGACCCCGCCGUGAUGUCGCUGCUGGGCUCGGCCAAUGAGAAGGAGCUGCAGGAUCUCCUAGGCGACCUCGACUUCAGCUUGUUGGACAACGACCAGCAGCACGCCAUGGCGGCGGCCAGAGAGAACGGCAUUCUUGGAGUUGGCGUUCCCACUCACAAGGCAGCAGCAGCAGGAGGAGGCCCAGGGCGAGGCCUGGGGUCUUCUAGUGGGCUGUUUUCACCGCCUGUGCUGCCUGAUGGGCUGCCCGCUCCUCUUAUUAAACGCAUCGAGGACCUGCGAGCGGCCUCUCGGCAGUUUGAUCAGGAGGGCAGGAAGAAAUUUUUCACGCUGGACAUGAAUAACAUUCUCUUGGAUAUUGAGCUGCAGGUUCAGGAGCAGCAGCCGGAGGUGCGAUCAGCGAUCUACUCGCAUCUAGAGGCGUUUGUGCCGUGCAACAAAGAAGCCCUCCUCAAACGCUUGCAGAAGCUCAGUCUCAACAUCCAGGACGACCGACUGCGGGCGCCACUGUUGAAGCUAAAGCUGGCCGUGUGCAGCAUGAUGCCGGAGCAGAUAGCGAGAUAUAACAUGGACUGCAUGGCCAGAGUCGCAAAGCAACAGUCAGAGGAGGGCGAGAAAAAUGGCUCAGAGGAAGAAGAUGAGGAGAAACCUGGGAAAAGGGUGAUGGGCCCGCGGAAGAAGUUUAUCUGGGACGACAACCUCAGGAACCUGCUGUGCAGCUUGGUGAGAGUGAAGCUGAGCUGCUAUGAGAUGGAGAGCCAGUGCUCUCUGUCCGUGGAGGACUACCUCAAGGCCUUCUUGGAGAACGAGGUCAAACCACUCUGGCCCAAGGGCUGGAUGCAGUCCAGGAUUUUGUUCAAGGAGAGUCUAAGUGUUCACAGUCACAUCACUGGAAACUUGGUAAAGAGGAGACUGGUGCCUGGUCCCAAGGCUAAAGCCAAGGAGGGUCUGUGGAUCCACAAGCCACCUCUCACCAUGACCUCCACACAGUCUCCACCCACCUCCACAUCCGUUCUAACCUCCUGCCGCCAGCCCUCCUCCUCCGCGUUGGCCUCAGAGCCCAUCUGUCUGUCGGACUCCCUGGACGAGGAUCUGACCGCUCCGUCUCUGGACUCCAUCUCCCAUGCUCUCGCCCUCCUCAGCAACGCAUCAAAGGGCCUAGGUCCGUCCGACAGCCCUUUGUCCCCCCCUCCCCUGCAGAUACCCACCUCCUCUCCUCCCCCCGUUACGCCGCACUACCCCUCGGCCUCUCAGCUCUCUGCCCCGGCCACGUCCGCAGGGCUGCAUCAUUCCCUGUCCAAGGUGGAGUCUGCCCCGCUGGCGGCGGGAUCUGCUGGGAACUUGCCAACAACAAUAACAACGCUACCGACCUCCUCUUCUACCUCCUCUUCCUCUCAAGCUGUCUCCUCUGUGGCCCGUGCACAGGCAGCAGGUCUGUCACUGGCCUCCAGGACUGCAGAUGGUCCCUAUGGCCCCAUCAAAGGAUCAGGUCUUGUGGGCCAAACCCAGAAUCAGAGACUGGUUACCAUGGCAUCACCCAAUCACAGGCAGAGUACAGUGAUAGGUGUGGGUGGCAAGAUGCGUCCACACCCCUCCCCUUCGCCUCCCAAGCAGCGGCCUCCUCCCACAGCCUCCCCUCUGCUGCCCCCACACCAGAAGGGCUUCGUCGGUCCUUCUGGGAUGCUGGGGACUAUGGCAGCUCACGGGCUGAGCAAGGGAUGCGCUAAAGGCAGUGGCACCAGCAGCAACGGCAGCACCGUGAGCAGCAGCAUUACACCUUCUUCCUCCCCCUCCUCCCUGUCCCGCUCCGGCGCUACCUCUCACAUACAGGGACAGUUCUGUCCCCCCUCACCUUCGCCCAACUCCCAUACGUCACACUCCUCUCAAGCCAAGUCCCACACACACCACCACCACCAGCCCAACUUCAUCACGCCCAUGCAGGCGACCCUCACCAAGUCCUCCCACAGCAGCAGCUCCUCAUCCAUCAUCAAGCUCACCCCUCGGCCCCCCGCACCCACCCCACCGCCAUCUUCCUCCCCAUCAUCCUCGCCGUCGCACGCACUCGCCCAUCAGAUGAUCUCCAGCCAGCAGCAGCAGCAGCAGCACCAGUACGCCCCCAAAGCCCCCAAGACCUUUCGGCCCCCGUUCAGCGUUUCAGGCGGCGGGCAGGUGAAGCAGACGCAGGGCAGCUGCAGCUUUGCCGGAAGCCAGAAAGCUCAGUCCACCACAAGCAGCAGUAGCAUCAUCAACAUCGCCAACAACGCCAAGGGAGCGGUGUCAGCCGUCAGCAGUCACAUGGACAAAACGCCUCUGUCGUCGUCACCGUCAGGCCUCGGGCCGAGGCAGAGGGCGGUGGGCGGAGCUAACCAAGGCUCAAAGGCAGGAAACGGUUGGGUGGCUUCAGGAACUUUGACCACGUCCUCUGCAACAUCACACCUCUCGCAGGUCUCCACGGCAGGCUCCAGCCUCCUGGGCAGCCCCUCAGCACAUCCCCUGGGCUUUGGGAUGCUGGGAGGCCUGGUGCCCAUCUCUCUCCCCUUCCAGUUCCCCUCGCUACUCAACUUCAAUCCUUCUGGAGCCGCGGGGGCCACUGGUAUGGGCUCAGGCCCCAGCUCGAACUCAGGAUACCCCCUAGCACAGAGCGACCUGAUGGAUCUGUAUAAGAGUCUCCAGUCAGGGUCGCAGGCUGCCCUACCUCCUCACUUGCAGCUUGCUUUCUCAGAUGCGAACCAAAGCCAGGGUGGAGACAUGAAGAGGAAAUCUCACUGACCAAUAACAGCCUCCCGGACGCACCCACCAAUAGGAAUCUUCACUUUGAUUCACGUUGACUGACAUGUUGUGGUACGAGGGGGCGGGGCUUCACUGCCUCUUGCAACACGGACCUAAAAGAAGAAUUAGUUUAUCCUCACAGCAAAGGAUGAGUUAAUUUAACUCAUUAGUAUUUUCUAAUGAAAUUGGUAUGAGAACAAGACGGAGUGAAUGAUGAGAACACUUCUUUUUGUUCUGCUUAUUUUUAUUUUUGUCAACAUGUUUACAUAUGACCGACCUUGAUCACUGUGGCUUGCGUGUGAGCGAGGUGGUGGUGGUGGUACAGAUGAGAGUAGUAGUACGCUACGUAAUAUAAUUCGUAUUUAAGCUUCUGUGUAAUAACAGGACUCUCGUUCUUGCAGUACAAAAGGAUAAAACAGAAACAGACUGACUAUUGAUUUUCUUUUUUUUUCUGUUUUAUGUCUCAGAUGUGGGAAUCAUUGUGUCUGUAGAAAUUUUACUGUUGGUCACCUCUGCUACCACAAAUGACUGUUAAGUAGUAGCUUAAAUUAAUUAAUAUUGAUAAAUUAUUUGUAAUUUACACAGGGACAAAAACAUGGUGUGUGUGUGAGAGAAAGAGAGAGACAGAGAGCGUGUUGAGGUUGAUUUGAAUGUGUGUGUAUGUGCAUAUAAAAUAUCACAAUAUACUGUUAAUUAUUUUCCAGAUUAUUCUGUGAGGACGUGACUCCCCUUUUAAGUGUAAGUUUGAUGCCCCUCUCUCGCUCAGUGUGUUCUUGGUGCUGUCGAUUCACACUGGACCUUUUCUGGAAAAAAGACUUGAAUUGAAAAAGUUCUGGGCUCCUCUAGCGGAGAGGGGAGCCACCUGUGAGAGAGGGGAACGUCAAGAUUGUAGCCUACUUGAAUUUUGUUUUUCGUGAAUUAAUUAUUAUUAUUUUAAAAUUUUACUUUCAGCUUAUUGACUCGAACCAACCUAAUAUAACACAACGCCUUAGUUUGUAUUGAAAACGUAAGAAAAAGAUCUAUGCAGGACUGUAAAACGCUCAAUGCAAAAGUGCAAGUCGUCGCUUGGCUUUCAACCUCUACUCAGCCUGUCAGUGCAUUUCUGGAGUUGUGAAUGUUUGUAGAUGUUAUUCUGUGACUUGAGACUCCUUUUUCUCCUGGUGCGUGUUCAGACAGAAUGCAAAGGUCACUUUCACGCGCUGCGUUCACGCAGCGCUGGCAGAACGGGGACGACGGCACGCUUUCCUGCAUUCUGGCAAGGCGGAGCCAGCUGUGGGCACAUCUGUAGAGGGAGGUCCUGCUAAAUGUACAACCUUAAAGAAUAGCUUGUAUUAGACUUCAUUACAAGUAAUGGGAUACAAUAUGUAAUAUUAUAUUUACUUUAUGGAAAGUAGUAUAUUCACUUUUGGUGAAUUAUGUAAUUGAGCUUCCAAUGGUUCUGCAGCAAAUGUUUCAGACGUGGGUUUAGAUGUGAAAUCAGUGUUGUUUCUGUCGGCCCAUUCUGCCGAGGUGGCGUGAAUGCAGCGGGGCCUCCGGUGCCUCCGGCUGUGACUCUGUAGAACGGUCCAGACACUAGUACAAAAGAACUAGAGGCGUCUGGAGGAAAACAGACGUAAACGCUGUGCGUGUUGUUAAGCAGCGCUGCUGAAGUUGGCUCGGCUCUUUGUCUGAACACCGUUAGAUACUUUCUUCCCUCAGCUGAAUACCUCCGUUAACAAAGCCGUUCUUCCUGAGUCUCCUCCUCCUCCUCGUCUCCGUGUGUCUGACUGACCAGGGCGCCGAGAACGACGCCAAAGACUGUUCCUGUAGCUCUCCGUGACGGGGUGCUCCUGGUCAGAGUGUGAUUUGAUUUCCCCACAACUGUAAACCUCCGUAUCAACAUGUGGUCCCUCAGAACGUCCUUGUGAAGUCAUGUGACCGGAGCAGUGGCUGGCAUCUUAUACAUUGUGAUUUCUUUGGGGGAGGAUAAAUGACAUUUUGUGGUUAACUGGUUACUUAAUCUGGUCUUUUUGUAGAUUCUUUGUGUGUCAACUAUGAAAUUAAACAAAACAGGUGGUUUUCA